AUGGUAGUUGCACAAAAUAAAGAUGAUUCUACACAAUCUUUGACCAAAAUAUAUACCUUUGGUGAAGAUUCUUGGAAAACCAUUCCGAAUACCCCUCUUACACCCAUUAGAUCUUUAACUUUGCUAGGGAAAUUUGUGAGUGGUACUCUUAACUGGAUAGAUGAAAAGAGAGGCGUUAGUCAGAUUAUUUCCUUCGAUCUUGAGAAGGAGACUUACAAGGAAAUAUUGGUGCCUCAAGAUGAUGGUGACAAAGUAUAUGGAGAUACUCUAUAUGUUUUGAAUAAUUGCCUUGGUGUGUGUUAUGAGACUAACCAAACUCAGUGGGUUGCGUGGUUGAUGAAAGAAUAUGGAGUUUUUGAUUCAUGGACUAAAUUCAUAACCAUCCCUAUUGACAAGUUCAACAUGCCACCUUCUUUUGUUUUUCCCAUGUUUAUUUCAGAAAAUGGUGUUGUUCUUCUAAUGAACAUAUAUACUUCCCAAUUUCUCCUAUAUGACAUAAAUAGUGGUGAGUUUCUUGAUUCAUUGGAAAGUAGAAACACUCUAAGGUUCAAUCUACAUAUUUGCUAUGAGAGUCUUGUAUCAGUGGCAUGGUAA